CGUGUGCCGCCCCCGCUAUAAAAAGUGCGUCCCCGCGGCGGGGAGGGCGCAGUGAGGGGGUAGUUGUCUACGUAGUUGGUUGUGGUCGGAGCGGCGCAGGCUUCGGUGCGCGGCGAUCUCGGCGCUGGUGCGUCCCGUUUCUCUAAGAGGUAAGUGAGAAAAAAAUGGCCCGUACAAAGCAGACCGCCCGCAAGUCCACCGGGGGGAAGGCUCCGCGCAAGCAGCUGGCCACCAAGGCGGCCCGGAAAAGCGCUCCCUCUACUGGCGGCGUCAAGAAGCCUCACCGCUACAGGCCGGGCACCGUCGCUCUCCGUGAGAUCCGUCGCUACCAGAAGUCUACGGAGCUGCUGAUCCGCAAGCUGCCCUUUCAGCGGCUGGUCAGGGAAAUCGCCCAGGAUUUCAAAACGGACUUGAGGUUCCAGAGCGCGGCCAUCGGUGCGCUGCAGGAGGCGAGCGAAGCGUACCUGGUGGGUCUGUUUGAAGACACAAACCUGUGCGCCAUCCAUGCCAAGAGAGUCACCAUCAUGCCCAAAGAUAUCCAGUUGGCUCGCAGGAUACGGGGAGAGAGAGCUUAAGUGAAGGCUGUUUUUAUGGUGUUUUGUAGUAAAUUCUGUAAAAUACUUUGGUUUUAAUUUGUGACUUUUUUUGUAAGAAAUUGUUUAUAAUAUGUUGCAUUUGUACUUAAGUCAUUCCAUCUUUCACUCAGGAUGAAUGCUAAAAGUGACUGUUCACAUAAACCUCAGUGAUGUGAGCCUUGUUGCUCAGGAGUGACAAGUUGCUAAUAUGCAGAAGGGAUGGGUGAUCUUUCUUGCUUCUCAUGCAUGUUUCUGUAUGUUAAUGACUUGUUGGGUAGCUAAACUUGUAAGGUACUAGAAUUGAUAUAAAUGUGUACAGGGUCCUUUUGCAAUAAAACUGGUUAUGACUUGA